AUGGGGCCGCGGCCUAAGCCCCCUUCUCUUGCCUCUCUUGCGCUGCACAAACCAGGUGAGAUCCAUCAACCAGGAGCCUGGAACUGGCAGUUGGAUCCCGAGCAAUGGGCAGGAGCAGUUCGACGGCAGUUGAAUGCCUGGCUCCUCUUGGUCUCAGAUGAAGAGGCAUCAUCUAAAGCCCUUGAAUCUCGGUGCUCCGUAGGUGUCCUGGACAGAGCAGAGCAGCGCCAAGCCUGUCAGAGAAAAAAGAGGCAGUCCCUGAAGGCAGUGACUCGGUCUGAGCGGCCCACAGUGCUGGAGCUCCUGGUAGCUGAGCUCCAAACCCUGUUUUCGAAAGUGCUACAGGAUGGCAGCCCUGCGGCAUGGAGCUACCUGCACGCUGUGCUGGGUCUGCUGCCCCCAUAUCGAGUGCUGCUGGUCGGCCGCCUCGACUUGCUGCCUUUCCUAGAGCGGCUAUACCGCUGGGCACCCUGGGUUCAGGCCCAGCUCCACUUGGAUCUGCUGGAUGCCAUAGACCAGGCCUUUCCCCGAGAUACCUCAUUGUUAGAGGGCACCUCCCAUGUUGACUGCUAUCCCCGGAAGAAGAGGUUCCAUCAUGGGACCCCAUGCCCAGCAUGCCCUUUUGUGCAGGCCCAGUGGGAAGGGCAGCAAGUCGAGGACGAUUUGGCCACAUGGCUGCGACCACUGACCCUGCCCGAGCUACAGCACAGCCUGGGUAUUGUCGGUGCAGAAGUGGCCAUGGAAGAGACCCAGUGGCUAGAUGGCCUCAGGCUUCUGCCCUUGGCACUGGCGACUGACAUCCCAGUACAGUAUGAAAGCAGGGACACUGACAACGCAGAGGAGGAGCCUGUUGGAAGAACAGAGACUAAGUCUCAGCCAGACUUGGAAGUUCCUGAGGAGAGGACCCUCCAAAAAAGAAGCCCUGGCUUCUUACCACAGAUUUCCCUCCCAGGUAGCCAGAUAAUGGCCGUUAUGAAGACAGAGAGAUACCUGAAGAAGAUCCACUUCCUUUAUCUCAACGUGGCUCCCAGCCGUUACUUUACGCCUUACAGCCUGAUGGUGGUGCCAGCCAACAAGGUGAAUCCCGAGCACUACAUCUUCUCUCCCUUUGGGAUCCUGCACAUACAUCCCGUGGAGGGCAGUGAGGCGAUGACACUGGGUACCUGGCACCACCACUCUGUCCUCUGGCAACAGCUCCAGCUUAUUCCAUUCUUCAAGUAUUGCCUCUUACGCAAGGCCUUAGCCAGCUGGAAGAAGGGUGUGAAGUUGCAGAGGCUGCACCAGCAUCGGUCUUUCCUAGAGAAACACCUGCUCCUGGCUGUCCCCCACUUUGGAGCUGGGCUGCUCCAUAUCAGCAGACUUCUGCAGGAGCUGCACUCUGUGUCCUGGCUCCCCCAUGAAGCAGAUCAGUGCUAUGAGCUGCUGGACCUGCGGCGGGCUCUAGCCAAGGAGAACCACAAGGCUCUGCGGCUGCUCUAUCGCUGCCUGCGUCUCUGCACAUCCAUCCUUCAUCUGAUCCACGAGGAUACAUACCACAUGCAACAGGGCCUGCAGAAGCGGCUGAAAAACUGCAAGAGGAUCAGGACAGACCAGACCUCCGUGUACCUUCAGAAGGUGCAGUGCGAGCAGCUGGAGCAGAGGCUGAAGCAGGCGGAGGCCUGGUUGCUGCAGAUGGGACAGCUGGCCCGCUUGGUAGACUAUAUGAUCUGCCAGAACCUCGUGUCCAUCAUAGAGGAGGAGAUAACCUCUUUUGUGGCCAACAUCCUGCAAGCCCCAAGGCAGAAACCCUUACUCUCAGCACAGCUGGUCUUUGACAGUCGUGGUCAGCUGUCUCAUGAGCCCUGUAUUGAAAAUAUGAUCCAGAUUUUAACUGUGGGCCUAAGGUCAACAAAGGCCUCUGCCCUGAAGGUAAUGCAGUCUACAGACCUGAAGGCCUUCUGGGAGUCCCUGUAUAUUGAAGACGAAGAUGAAGAAGACUACUCAGACUCAGACUUCAUGAUGCCCAAGUUCCAGGGUCAGCCCAGCGAUGCUGUGGACGUCUUCUGUGGCCCGAAUAUAGGAUUGGUGUGGCCCUGGAAGUCUCGCACAGUUACUGAAGCCCUGGAGGUCCAUGGGCGCCGGCUUCGGGGCCAGUACUUACCCCUUGAUUAUAAGCAGCUGCAAGAGGACCUGGACAACAGCUCCCAAAUCCAGCAGGCACUGGCUGUCCAACAGGCCCUGCUGGAGGACAUGCUGCAGGAGGUGCAGGAAUUCUGCAGGGAUUAUCACUGGAUGACAGGCAUUUAUGAGUUCCUGCAAGCCUGGGGGUGUCAAAAGCUGGAGUCUAUGAGAGGUUAUCCUAUCAAGAACUACGUGAUGCUGGUGACCCGCCUGAACGCUUGGCAGGCCCAAGUCUCCAGGAUACCCAUGGAGUUGAUCACAAGAGGCAGGCUGCUGCUGCUGAGCUGCCGCGACAUACGGGCGGAGAUCGAAUCCAAGCUGGUAAACAUCAGGAAGGACAUUCUUGAACAGGUACAGAACGAAUGCCAGAGCCGCAGUCAGCAGCUGAUAACAGAGCUCACAGGUUUCAUGAAGGCCUUCCAAACCAUCAGCUCAGACAUCCACUCCAUCGCAUGGUGCUCCCAGAAGCUGAAUGAGGCCAACGAGCGGUACGCUGAGCUGGAGGAGCAAAUGGAAUACACGCGGUCACUCUAUGAGCUCAUCCGCAACCACUUUGGCCUCUUCAGUGCUGAGAAUGAGGCACUGGACAUCUCGGUGAGAAGGCAUCUCCUCUGCCCCUCCCGCUGCUCCUCCCCACCACCACCAGCUCUGCUUGACCACCCUCUGCCUGCCCCUCAGCUUAUGGACACGUGGGAGUCAUUCCAGUAUGAGAAAAGCCAGGCCUCAGAGUUCCUGCUCAGCAAGCGGCAUGCCAUCGUGCCUAAGCUGCAGCAGCUGAUGGCCACGGCACUGGCGGAGCUGGAAGGUGUGAUUGAGAAGGCCCUGUCUGGUCCGUUCAUGGACCCUGCUCAAGAGCAGAGGAACACCGAGCGCCAGCUCAUCUCCCUGGAGCGUCAGUACCAGAGCACAGUCAGCAGCCUCUGUGACCUGCACCAUGCCUACACCACCUUCACUGGGGACGAGAGUCCUGUGCCCUUGCCAGUCUGUGGGACCCGCCCCAUCGUGCAGCAGCAGCACAUCUGGCACCUGUACCGAGUCAUCUCUGAAAACAUCAGUGAAUGGAAGUGCAUGGCUUUUGCCAAGUUCAAUCUGGCUCUGGCCCAGGAGAAGACAGACGGCUGGCUGACAGAGGCGGCCCGGAUAAGUGCGACCCUGGGGCUGCACAGCCCAGUGCUGCAGCGCUGCAUGCACAUGCUGGAGGAGUUCCGCAGCCUCCUUCCCCUGCUGAACAAGCUGGGCAGCCUCCAGGUGCAGAACCUCAACUGCCAAGCACUCCUGCGAGCCUUAGGGCUAAGCAGUCUCUACAGCACAGAGCUCCUAACAGUGGGCCAGCUGCUCUCUUGUCCGCUGCUGGAGUUUACAGAUCGAAUCAAUCAGAUCUGGAGGACUGAAAACAUACGGACUCAUGCCCACGAGGCGCUCCUGAGGCUGCGGCGGGCCUGGGAAGCACGCCAGCUGCGACUGCUCAACUUCAUCCUGCAUGUGCCCUACGAGUCCCCAGUCUCUGAGCGCUCCAAGAGGCAAGCAACCCGCAGCCCUCAGUGGCAGGUAGUGGGCAAGGACAGCGGCACCUUCAUCCUCUCAGAUUACAGCAGACUGCAGGACUCUAUCCAUGAAAGCCUUCAGGUGUUGUUCAAGAUCCUGGCCAUCCAAAAGUCAGGAGACUUAAACAGAAUUGCUCUGGAGUGGGUGACCAUCAUGCAUGGCUUGAGUGCCCUGCUGCAGGCGUGGGUGACUUUCCAGCAGAAGUGGAUCUUCCUAAAUAAAGUUCUGUAUGAGAUGCAGAUCCAGUUUCCGAGUCCUGAGCUGAGUACCCGUUUCGAGGCCAUGGAUGCGCAGUAUCGGACCCUGAUGCAGAUCUCUGUAGCCGACCCCCUGGUUCUGUCACUCAUAGUGCCCAGUGCCAAGCGGAACCCUCUUUUCCAAGGCCAGCAGCUGCAACAACUGCUGCAGGAGGGUUCCAUGGACCUGGAGGGCAUCAUCAUGGCACUGGAGAGCGUGCUCUAUGCCGUGCGCGCCCACUUCCCCCGCCUCUUCUUCCUCAGCGACAGUGAGCUCGUGGCCCUGCUGGCUGCCCCACUGGAGUCCUGUGAGGCCCAGCUGUGGGCUCGACGCUGCUUUCCUCAUGUGCAUGCGGUGAGCUUUGAGUCCAGUGAAACUGCAAAAGGCACGGAUGACCCGGAGUCAAGCCCAAGCAUACAGACUCAGGUGGAGGCGCUCGCGGUGUUUGGGGUGGGUGGGGAGGAGGUGAAGCUGCGGGGGUCCCUUCCUCUGCAUCCCGAUCUCCCCAAGUGGCUGGCUUCCCUGGAGGAGAGUCUGCGUUUGGCACUGGUGUACAAUCUGCAGGACUGCGUGGCUGCCCGUCUUGCUCUGGGCCCGUCCCUAGACAAGGCCUUCAAGCAGGAAAACCAGUUGCCCCAGGAAAGCCAGUUGCCCGUGAAGAUGUAUGUCCAGCACUGGCUGGACUUAGUCCAGGCCUUCCCGUGGCAGUGUGUGUUGGUGGCGGAGGAAGUGGUGUGGCGGGCCGGCAUGGAGGAGGCUCUGCUUGAAGGGAGGACCCUGGCCAUGGUCCCCAUGCAUGUGCGCAAGCUAGAGGUACUGGUGCAUUUUCUCCGGGCCCAGAGGGCCUCUCAGGGUGAGCAGCCCCUGCCCUCUGUCCGCCAGACCAGCCUGCUCAGUGCCCUGCUGGUCAUGGCGGUGGCCCACCGGGACAUAUCCCAGCUGCUGCAAGAGCACCAGGUCAUUGGACUGACAGACUUCCACUGGGUCCGCCAACUCAAGUAUCACCUGGGUCCCCCUCACACUGCUCCCCAAAGCCCCCUGCAGGGUCUCAAGACUGCUGUGUCUACUGAGACCUUUCUGUCCCCAGCUGCAUGCUGGAUAGAUGUGCUGGGUCGAUCUUUCUUGUACAAUUAUGAGUACCUGGGUCCCAGACUGGGGUCCCUACCCAGCCUGCUGCCUGAGCGGCCAGCCCUUGUGCUGUUAUUAGCCCUGGAAGAGGUGGCCUGUGGGACCCUACUGGGCCCCAGUGGUGUGGGCAAGGCAGCCAUAGUAAAGAGCCUGGCCCAGGCCCUGGGGCGCCAGCUGGUGGUGAUGCCCUGCUUGCCACAGAUGGAGGCCCGCAGCCUGAGCAACUACCUGAACGGUGCCCUGCAGGGAGGUGCCUGGCUGCUGUUAGAAGCAGCUCAGCACUUGCCCCUUGGCUUGCUCUCUGCCCUGGGCCAGCGCUUGGCCAAACUGCGCCACCUCUAUGCCCCACUGUACCAGGAAGCUUCCCAAAGUACCAGCACCAUCGACCCCACCCACCCCUGGCUCCUCGGCAGCAGCUUCUUUGAGAGACAUCAUGUGGACAUGCGCCUUGGCUACGGCUGUCUCCUGACGCUGCGGGCCCUGAGCCCUGCCAUGCCCGCCAACCUGCGCCAGCUGCUGCGGCCCGUGGCGCUGACCCUGCCCGACCUGCAGCAAGUGGCAGAGCUGACCCUGCUGGGUGCAGGGAUCCGGGAUGCUUCCCGCAUCGCGACCCGCCUAUCCAAGUUCUUCUCCCUAGAGCGUGAGCUGGUGUCUGGGCCCCUGCCCUGCCGCCUGCCCCUCCUCAGGAAAGUGCUAGAAGACACGAUACAGGCUCUGAAUGUGACCAAGGAGGACCCCGAGUCUGAGCAGUCCCGCAGCCUAGCCACCAUGGAGGAGGCCACCCUGCUGCGCACCCUGCUGCGCUCCCCACUGUUCAGCCUCCUGGAGGGGGCCCAUCUGCAGGACCUCCAGAAGCUGCUCUGUGGGCUCUUUCCCACCGCCUCCCAGGUGCUGGCAGAGCCUGUGACCCCCAGGCUGAGGAAGUCACUGCUGGUGGAGGAGUUACGGCAGGGAGGCCUGCAUCCCAGCCCUGAUAUUUUGGGGUCUUUGGAUCAACUGAGCCAGGCCCUGGGCCAGGCCUCGGGCAUUUUGCUCCUGGGCCCAGCAGGCAGUGGCAAGACCAUGUGUUGGCACAGCUUAUUUAAGAUCCAGAAUCGGCUGGCGGCCAUGGAGGACCCCACAACCCAGAGCUGCCAGCCUGUGGAAAUUACUCACCUGUAUCCAGGCGUCCUCAGCCCUCAGGAGUUCCUGGGAUGGCUGGAGGGCCCCUGCUGGCACAAUGGUGUCUUCCCCAGGCUGUUGCGUGAAGGCAGUCGGUGUAGGACCAUGGGCCCAAGGGGGCAGGUACAGGAAUCAGUGGGGAUUCAUCACUGGAUAAUAUGUGAUGGAGCUGCCAGUUCUUCCUGGCUGGACUCUAUCACUUGCCUCCUAGGUGACCCCCCACAGCUUAGCCUCCCCAAUGGUCAGCAAAUAGCACGACCCCCAGGUACUUUUCUUUUGAUGGAAGUGGGAGAUACCACAGGCAUGUCCCCCACCGUGGUGGGCCGUUGUGCCCUGGUGUGGUGUGGGGGGGAGCAGACUUGGCAGGGUAUACUGAGCGUCCUGAUGGCAGCCUUGCCCCGUGAGUACCGCCUGCAGCCCCAAACUGUCACUGAGCUCAGCCACCUGGCUGAAGGGCUGGUGCCCGCAACAUUCCAGUUCCUCACUUGCCAGGGUGUUAGCUCUCUGCUGCAGGUACAUGGACAGCGGGCCAUUUGCCCAGGUGUGGCUGAAGUCACCAGCCUGGCCCGCAUCUUGCGUUGUCUGCUCAACCCAUACCUGCGCAUAGAUGAGGAGGAGAAGGCACAUAUCCCAGAGGACCUCAGCUAUAGUGAUUCAAAGUGUAUAGUGGCUCGAAGCAUCAAGGCCUCAAAAAACAGCUCUCUGCACCAGAGCCAGAUUGACAGUGAUGCCGUGCCUAGUAAGCGCAGGGAGCACUUGCUGGCCAUCAGCAGCUUUCUUUUUGCUGUGAUCUGGGGCUUCGGAGCCCACCUUCCCUCCAGGCUCUGGCCCCUCUAUGACACCUUCCUGAGGGAUUCUAUUAGUUGCCUCUCCAACUACUGUGAGCUGCCACCCUCAGACUCAGUGUUUGAUCUACAUGUAUGCCCCGAAGACGGGACACUGGCCCCCUUCACUGGCCAAUACCUGGGCAGCCGCAUCAAGGGAACUCAGGGCACCUUCUCCCCUUCUCCCCAGACUGAGCGGCUCUUGUACGUGGUGGACCUGCUUCUGUCAGAGGGACAUCCAGUGCUGCUGGCUGGAGAGGCAGCAACAGGGAAGACAACCUUUGUGGAAGUGCUGGUGGAGCCACAGCACCCUUACAUAAACAGCCCCGUUCACCCCGCUGUCAGUACCACCCACCUUCGCCUCCUGCUGAGCCGGGAGGUCCAGGGGCAAUCACAAGCCGGCCCAUGGACUGCGCGGCACCUGGAUUCUAAAGGUUUUCUCCUCUUCCUGCUGGAGGAUCUGCACCUGGCUGCUUCCGACCCAGCGAAGAGCUGUCAGCCACUGCUGGAGACUCUGCGUCAGGCCAUAGAUGGCACUGUGUACACCCACAGCACCUUGGAGCUGCAGACGCUGCAGCCUGGAGUCAACUUCCUGGCCACUGCCACGGUGCCAGGCUUCUGCGAGCAGCUGCUCUGCCCACGCCUCUCUCGGCUCUUCACAGUGCUGGCCCUGGGCAGUGUGACCCAGGCCACGCUGCUGAGCAGGCACAUGCCCAGCAUACAGGCCUGGCUCGAGCGCUUCCCCUCUGUGGAACGGGAGAGUGUUCUAGCAAGAGCCCUGGUUCGGGCCUCAUUGGAGGCCUGGGAGGCAGUGGGCAACUGCUUUAUGCCCUCACCCCUCCGCCCACACUACCGCUUCUCCAUGCACUCUGUGAGCCAGCUUCUGGGCAGCCUGCAGCUGCUGCCCAUCAGGGUGGGCUCCCGGGGUUUUGUGGACUGUCUCAACCAUCAAGAGCACCUGCGCCGCGUGUCCGGCUUACGUGGCACUCGCCUGAUGAUCAUGAUGGCCACGCGCAACAUCGUGCGCCUCUGGUUGCAUGAGGCACAGAGAACGUUUUGUGACCGGCUGGACAGCCUCAAGGAACGCUCCUUCUGUGCCAGACUGCUCCUAGAGGUAGCUCAGAAUGUCUUCUGCUGUGGGCCAGCACCCCAGAGCCUGGGCAAGGGUUAUGAGGAAGAGGAGGAGGAAGAGAAGGUGCCUGAAGUGGAAUCUGAAGGGGAGCUGGCUCAGUGGGAGGACCUGAGCAACAGCGGGAGUGAGACGGAGGAGGAGGAGGCCCCGUACGACCUUCCGGUCAUCACAGGCUCACCGUGCAAUGAUUCAGCACCACCCGUAGCACCAGUAAGGAAGAUGACCAUAGGAAACAUGAGUCAGAAGAUAAGCCAGGAGGAAGGCACAAGGACCUCCAGCUACAAACUCCAGCCAAAUAAAUCUAAGAACUUGGCUCAGAAGGCAGCCCAAGAAGACAUGGUCUCACCCUUGUUGCUCCCAAUGCUGCUACUCCGGCCCCAGGAGAAGCCCUCAGACCUGGUCUUCAGUCAGGAACUGAUACUAGAGUCCAACUCUGAGAGCUCCAACUUGUACCUGGAACGCCAGUGGAUGAGCCUGGAGGAGCAGCUGGCCACCUCAGCUGCUCAGCUGCGCCUGAACCCCCACCUUGCCCGGUGCCACUCGAUGGCCCAGCACGUGGCCCGCCUGGUCCGGGUGUUGGCCAGGCCCCAGCAGCAUGGCCUCCUGCUCGCAGGGGCUCAGGGGACUGGGCGCUGUACUGCCAUCACUCUGGCUGCUGGCAUUUGUCAGACCCGCCUCUUCUGUCUGCCGUGUGGAUCAGAGGAAGCCAUUCUCCAGUGUCUAAGGGAGGUCAGCUGGCAUGCUGGCACGUUAGGCCAGCCGGUGGCCCUGCUGGUGCCCAAGGGUGUGGAUCUUACUACCUUUCAUCGCCUGCUGGCCCUGGCAACCUCAGGCAGUUUUCCUGACCUGUACACAGAGGCAGAUCUGGAAAACAUUGAAGGACAUCUCCCCAGGGACAGCCUUAGUGUCAAGCAGAACAUCAAGAAGGAAAUUCUGUGGCAGAGGUUCUGCCAUCAGGUGCGGAGCCACCUGCACAUGUUCAUCCUGAUCGGAGAUGACCAGGCCCACAAACAGCUACCCCCCACCCUUUUCCUGAGGCUCCUUCAACUGGCCAGUGCCUGCACUGACCGCUAUGAACCCUGGGACCAAGACUCCCUGGUCGCUGUGGCCCAGCAUCACCUGAAGGGCUCUGAGAGCCCACCCCUUGAUAACGACUCCUUGAGGUUCCCAGACAUCCAGGCCUCAGUUCCCAGCGUGGCCAAGGCCAUGGCUCUCAUCCACCUUUCGGCUGCCAGCUACCAAGGGCACCUGUGCCCUGAAUUGUCCCUCGUCACCCCCAAGACCUUCCUGGACUUCCUGGACACCUUCGUACUGCAGCGGCAAUGGAUGACCCUGCACAUUAAGAACAGGGCCCAGCGGCUACAGAAUGCCCUGGAAAAUCUGAAGAUGCUGAUUGAGAAGCACAGUGCCCACACCACCCUGGUCUUCAACUUGGAGGAGCAGCUGAAAGGCUCCCAUAAGAGCCUUGGCAGACUGAAUCAUCAGCUAGACCAAAGCAAGAUUCUGUACAAGCGGCAGCUGACAGAGUGUCGGCAGCAGGAGAACCUCAUUGAGAACCUGACCAAGCAGCGGGAUGCCCUGCGGGCUCAGUAUGAGGCUUUCCUAGAGCAGAUGGGCAAGGCAUUUCUGGGGCCCCUGAGCCAGCUGCAGGUGGCUGACUUUGAGGAGAUACGAAGCUAUCGAGCACCACCAGAGUCUGUGGUCCAGGUGACUGAUGCUCUGUGCGACCUCUUCCACCGUGAAACAGGCUGGGCCAGUGCCAAGCAGCUGCUAUGCUCUGAGGAUUUUUAUCAGGAGCUGGUGUUCUUCCCCAAGGAGAAGAUGACAGACGCAGAGAUAAUCAAGUUAAACCUGGCUCUGAAAGCUCCAGGCAUGAGCGAUGCAGACUUGCGGGCAGUGAGCAUACCUAUAGCAAGCCUGGCAGCCUGGCUCUGGGCCGUUCUGUGCUACGGGCUGGCACAGCGCCGAGGACUGCCCACGGGCCUGCUGCUGCGGCAGGUGGAGGCGACACUGGCUCGGGAGCAGGCCCGCCUGGGCCAGUACGAGUUCCAGGCCCAGGAGAUUCUAGAGCACAGUUUGGCCCUGUCCAAGAAUCUGGAAAAUGCCCAAACUUCCCACAAGCGUGUGGUCGAGAAUCUGGGGCAGGCUCAAUGUGGCAAACAUCACAAGUGGCCGGUUGAGGCUGCCCUGCUCACGCCUAUGCAUUCCUGGACUACGGAGCUCCAGAAGUUGAAGGGUCACUCCUCCACGGUGCUCGGAGAUACCCUCUUGUGUUCAGCUGCCAUCAACUACCUGGGUCCCUUCCCACCAGUGCGACGCCAGGAGCUGUUGGACAAGUGGCUGGCUCUCUGCAGGGGCUGUCAGGAGCCGCUGGGCCCAGAUGACGUGGCACAGGCCCUGAAGCAGAUGCAGAAAUCUGUCACCAGGUUGCCAAAGAACCCUCUGCUCUCCAUACGCUCUCCCUUCAGCCUUGUGUCCUUGCUGAGCUCCGAAUCUGAACAGUUCCAGUGGGACCGAGACAUGAAGCCCCAGGCAAAGUCAGCCCGCCUGGCGGCGCUGCUUUUGCGAAGUCGCACUCACUACUUCAGCUGCCGUUGGCCCCUGCUGCUUGACCCUGGCAACGAGGCCCUCAUCUGGCUGAAGCCGCUGCCUCUGGAAGAGGCUGGAUGCUUGGCCACCAGUCCCACCAAUGGCACAGGGAAGGGCUUUAAGAGAAAUAAAAAAGAGUCUAAAGAGGAGAACAUGGAAGAUGAAGAUGAUGAUAGUGAUGAGUGUGAUAAAACAAAGGAGCAGAAGGCAGAAGAAAGGAGAAUCAAGGAGACAAAGGAGGAAAAGGAAGGGCAACAGGAGCAAGAGGAGAAAGAACAGCAGAAUGAGGAGGAAACUCAGUCCCCACCCGCUCCUGACCUCCAAGUCUUCUCAGGCGCCAGCCCAGAGCUGGGGCCUCGGCUCCGGGAGGCAGCUGCCCGUGGCCUGCCCGUGCUACUGACCAACAUGGAGCUGGGCCUAGACUGCCCAGAACUGCAAUGGCUACUUCAGCGGGAACAGCUGAGCCCACCCCAGGUGCAGCCUGGCUUCUGCCUCUAUCUGAGUACUACUGUCCCCCUCAAUGCCUUGGAAAAAGUGCUAGGCUAUGAAUUGCUGAAGGGGCUGAAUGUGCUGGACCUGGGUGUGAAUACAGAAAUCCUAGAAGAACGGAUGCUGCGGGAAAUCUUGUGCACGGAGCGUCCUGAGCUCGAGACCCACUGGUGGGACCUGACCGUCAGAUUCCUGGACUCCUGGGAAGCUGCAGGGGCUGUUGAGGAGCGGCUGCUGACGAUGCUACUGCUCCAGGGCCCACGGCGUCAGAAACCAGCCAAGUUCCUGCGAGACGUGGUGAGGGCCCAGGCGGAGCUGUGUCAGCUGCGUGCCCAUUUAGAGGACCUAGAAGAGCUGAAGCUGAAGGAGGUGGCACUGUGGGUACCCUAUCGGCGUGUGGUCUGGCAUGGCAUGACCAUCAUAAAGGCUCUUAGCUCACUGCAGAACUUACUACCACUUUUCCAUAUGAGUCCAGAGGAUUGUUUGGCUGCCACCAAACGGGCUCUGAACAGCAUAAAGGGUGAGAUUCACCAGCGGGAGGAAGUAACCUGCCGUCUGCUGCAGCUGAAGAGACAGCUGACCCACCAGCUACUAGGUAGCACCGUGGCUACACUGGGCCUGACCCGAGUACCCUUGGUGGGUGUCUUGGGUGCUCUGGCUCUGUUGCGAGUGGCAAGGAAGGCGCCGGAGCUGGAGAGGCUGGCCCUUUGGCCUGGACUGGCAGUCUCUCCCAGCACAGGCUGUGAAAAACCAGUCCCAGGUGUGGCUCGACCGGCCUGGCUAGGGCUGAGAACCUGGCACGAAUGUGAGAUGUUAGAGGUGCUGCCCCCAUUCGCUGGGCUGUGUGCAUCCCUGGCGGGCCAUGCCAGUGUUUGGCAGGCUUACCUGUCGCUAUCAUCCAGUGUGCUGGGCCCUGCACCAGGGCCGGGAGCUCACCCACUGAGCCUCCUCCAGAAGCUGAUCCUGUGGCGUGUGCUGCGACCUGAGUGCCUGAUCAGCACCCUGGCAACCUUCACCACCAGCCUCCUGGGCCGGCCCCUGGAUGAAAACCUGAGUGCCCACACCAUCCCCUUUGAACACACUCAGGCUACUCAGCCCAUACUGAUCUUGUUACCACCACCCGGUCAUCCCACUGCCACCCUGCAUCACCUGACCGUUAUCCAGAAGCUGGCUGCCAGACAUAAGCAGGGGAAGAAGCAUCUGAAGGUGAUAGCUCUGGGCUCUGAAACCUGGGACCCAGUCUCCAUCGUGAUCAGCUCUCUCCACAAGGCUAUGCUCAGGGGGGAAUGGCUGGUGCUGGAGAACUGUCAUCUUAUGCCUCACUGGCCAAAAGAGCUGUUGCAGCCCUUGCUGGGACUGUUGGAUGGAGCCAAGGAGGUCUCGGACCUGGAGUUAGAACUGCUUUUUGCUCAACAAGCAAGUGGGAAUGUGGCUGCUGUCCACAGGGAUUUCCGUCUUUGGCUUACUGUGUCUGCAGAAGCUACUGCUUCCUUACCAGCCGUGCUCACUCAGCACUCCAUGCCUGUUUUCUGGGACCAGUCCCUGGAGCUGGGCCAUGUCCUGGUCGACAGUAUGGAGCUAGUCCAGCAAGGACUCUCUGUGCAACCCCCAAGCAGGGUGCUGCCUCUGCUUCUCCUACAUGGCCUCCUGCUACACCGGCAGCUCUAUGGAAUGAAGCUGCAGGCUCACAGGGGGCACUGGAGUCAAGCGACCCUGACCCACGUCCUGCAGACCCAAGACCAGCUGUGGGCCAACCUUAGCAAUCCUAGUGUUGCCAUGAGGGAGCUGGCCGCUUCGGUUUUCUAUGGGGGUCCUGUGGGAGAUGACAAGGACAGGGAGGUCCUGGUUAGCCUCACGCGAGCCUGCUUGAGCUCCAGCAGCGGGAAUGGAGCCCAGCCACACACACCUCAGUAUCUGCUGGCCACUCUGAUGCCCAGCCCAGAACUAAAGGAGCUGGAUGCUCUGGAAGAGUGCAAGGCUCAGAUGCACCUACUGCCCACACCGCCUGAACCCCGGAUCUGCGGACUGAGUGCUGGCUCCCAGACAUGGCUGUUGCGACGCCAGAGCCGCGCCAUCCUGAGUGCGCUGCAGCGAUGUUCACCUACUUGGGUGCCCGCGGCCCGCGGUACCUCGCGGCGUGCCGAAAGGCGGCUGCGGCAACGCCUAGCGCAAGCCAAGCGGAGACUGGAGUCACUGCAGGCUCAGCUGACCGAGACCAUGCGCCAAGAGGAGUCUGGCGUGGGGUUCGGGGAGCUGGGGCUGAGUGCGCCGCUCCCGGUGGAGGGCUUCCUCAAGACGGAGGUGCUGGAACUGAGCCAGCUGGUGGGCGCACUGCAGAGGGACCUGGAUUGCCUGCUGCAGCAGCUGAAGGGCGCGCCCCCGUGUGCCGCCCGACGCUGUGCCGAGGUGGCUCAGGCUCUCUGGACUGGCCGCCUACCCCCGCCUUGGCGACCCCACGCGCCUGCCGGGCCGCAGCCGCCCUGGCACUGGCUGCGACAGCUGUCGCGCCGUGGGCAGCUGUUGCUUCGCUACCUGGGUGUGGGAACCCAAGUACCAGAGCGCAUCUUUCACCUGUCAGCCUUUUGCCACCCGCGCCGCCUGAUGCUGUCCCUGCGUUGGGAAGCUACCUUUGCUGUGGUCGCCCCAACAAAUUUCCUAGCUUGCCAAGCCUCCAGCUCCUGUCAACUCCCCCACAAACGUCAGGAGCUGAUCAGUCCUCUGCACUUCCAGGUGGCGAAUGGCCCACAUCCCACGGUUCCAGAGAUGGGGCUGCUGCUGAUUGGACUACAGCUUCACAAUGCCAAGUGGGACCCGGUAGCAGGGGCCUUGCAGGACAGCUCCUCCAGUCAACCCAGCCCUCUGCCUCCUGUCAGCGUCAGUGCCCAGGCCCCAGGGGCCAAUGACCUGCCACCCCGAGGCGGCCUGGCAGUGUAUUCCUGUCCUGUGUACUUGGAAGGGCCCCUGGGCACCACUAGGCUACACAGGAGGAAGGUCCUGAUGCACCUGCCCCUGCCCACCAAGCUGAGCCCCGCUACCUGCAUCCAAAGGAGAGUCCACGUGUGCAGCCCUCCGUUGUCCUGA